AUGCGUUUCACCAUCGCCUCCAUCAUUGCCCUUGCCGCCGUCUCCAUGGCGCAAGUCACCCCCAACAACGCCGGCGCUAAGAACGUCGGUGCGGGCAACGGCGCCCAAUUUAUCACCGGCGGAUGCGUCUCAGACGCCGACUGCAGCUCCGCCUGCUGCGCCCAGGUCGAGAGCAGCGGCGCGGGUGUAUGCAGUGGAGUCGCAGCCGCGCUCCAGAACGGAAAGACUGGAUGUGGAUUCUCGGACCCCAACGCUGAUGCUGUCAUCGCAGCCGCACAGGCCCAGGUUGAGAAGCAGGGCUUCAAGAGGGAGGUCCGUCUCGAGUAG